UGAAAAGUAAAAACAGAUCUCUCUUCUCCCCUUCGACCGCCUCCUGAUACGAGAAGGCCAUGGAUAUGAAGAUCGCGACUACCGGCAACGAAGAAGUAGACUUCUUGUCGGAUCCAAUGGACAGAUUUCCCCUGCCGGAUCUGGCCGGCGAAGAUCUGGUGCUCGCCCAUGGCAGAAGCCAAGCUGUAGUAUGCGAACCUGCUGAAUCCAACAUUGGCGAAGCGGGGGACGCCGUACUAGCAGUGGAAAAUGACUUGAACAGCACAUGUCAGGGGAUUGCCCUCUCUGCGCCAGCCUCCGAGCAAUCUACGGGGAAAGACGACCCUCAAGCCCCUGCCUGGGCGAGGAGAAUCCGUGUUGAGAGGAGUGCGCUGGAACUAACAAUACGAAGCUAUGCAGAAAAGAAAACUGAAACUGUCAUAGUUCCUGCUAUGGGAGGCAGUUUUGAUACGCUUGGGGAAGCUUAUGAUUACUACAAUCUAUAUUCAUGGGAGGUUGGGCUUGGUAUAAGAUAUGGGAAGAAACCUCUAAAUGUCGAAAGAACAAAAUGCAUGCAGGAGAUAGUUUGUGGCUGCUCCGAAAGUACUCGUUUCAUUUUCACUUGCACAUAUCUCUGCCUAGGUGGCAAUGCAUAAUUGCGAAAUUCAUAAACGUGAGACUCUUGUUCUGAUGAUUUCAGGGAAUUCCAAAGAAGGGUAACAAACGAACAUGCCGAUGCAGAUGCCCCGCAAUGAUACGAUUGCUCCGGUCAUCUGACAAUGGCUGGUACAUAACCUACUACAGAUCAGAUCACAACCAUGCUCUGACUGAAAGAUGUGGGGAGAAAGUGUAGUGGCCUUCCCACAAACAUAUCGAUAUAUACACAUGGGAUGUCAUUAAGCAACUCCGUGAAAAUAACAUCAGUGUCGGGAAAGUUUACAAUAUAAUUGGUAGCUUCUUCGGGUCAAUGACCAAUAUACCAUUCACCAAAAGAGCUCUCCGAGGUUUGUGUGGAAAGAUGAGUCGAGAACAAGCCGAUAAUGAUGUGAAAAAGACAAUGGAUGUUUUUGCAGAGUUGGGAGCAAAAGAUUCAGGCUUGUACUACAGGGUGCAACCUGAUGUUUUUGCAGAGUUGGGAGCAAAAGAUUCAGAGUUGAGCUUGACGGCGGCCGAUUCACAGCUAUCAACAGGAAAAGAUGACCCGCAAGCCCCCGGGUGGACAAAAAGGGUUCGUAUUGGACAAGCCCCUAUCGAGCAUGCACCUUGUGCUGGAAGAGUGUGUGCCCUUGAAAAAACAUUAAGUGGAUAUGCAGAGAACAAAACUGAUACCAUUGUGGUAUCAGUUGUUGGAUACAACUUCGAUUCAUUGGGAGAAGCAUACGACUUCUACAAUCUAUAUCCGUGGGAAAUUGGUUUCGGAAUAAGAUACGGAAAAAGCAGACUCAACGUCGAGAGAACCAAAUGUAUGCAAGAGAUAGUGCGUGGAUUCUCGGUGAGUGGAAAUUAAAUUCAUUAUCUCAUUCGUUGGAAUUGCCCUGCCGCGCCAACCUCGAAGCAAUUUACAGGCAAAGACGACCCUCAAGCCUUUGGCUGGACAAAAAGGUAUAGCACUCUGCGAUUGUGCUUGUAGAUCGAACAUAGCUUAAAUUUGAGGGAUAUGUGCAAAUUUGCUCUUCUGAAGAUAGUUGAACAAUGUUGGUCAUCUCAGUAGAUAAUGCAGAGCGUGUGCAAGUGUUCAUAGCAUGUACUUUCUGAACGCAUUAAACCAUGUUUCUGAAUUACAUAGUUCUGAAUAAUGCAGUGUCCGAGUCGGGCAUGCACCCGAUGACCACCCCCCAUGUGCUGCCAGGAUGAGUGCCCUAGAACAUUAAGAAGAUAUGCAGAAAAGAAAACUGAGACAGUCUGGUUUAUCAGCAGUACCUUCUUCAGAAAAAAUAACCAUCCCUGUGCAGUCUGAUUUAAUUCACUCUGAAUGCCGCAUUGUUCGUAUCGGCCGGGCACCUAUCGAGCGUGCAUCCUGCCCUGGUAGAGUAUGUGCUUGAAAAAACAUUGAGAGGAUACGCACAGAAGAAAAUUGAUACCGCCGUAGUAUCUACUGUCGGAAGCAGCUUUGAUUCGUCGGGAGAGGCAUACGACUACUACAAUCUAUAUUCAUGGGAGGUUGGAUUCGGAAUAAGAUAUGGAAAGAGCAGGCUCAACGUCGAGAGAACCAAAUGUAUGUAGGAGAUAGUAUGUGGAUACUCGGUUAGUGCUAAUUAAAUUCGUUGUCUCGUUCAGAUUAUUUUUUGAUGAAAAUGCAUUGAAAAUUUGGUGAU